AUGGCGCAACCAGUGGCCCAGACGAUCCAUAGGGAUCCCUCGCUAUUUUGGUGGAUACUGUUCCCCAUUACCGUCGUCAUGGUCCUGACCGGCGUCCUCCGUCACUACGCGAUGGUGCUCCUGCAGAGCACGCCCAAGGCGCAGGCGCUGCCCCAGCUCCGCCAGCAGCGCUGUCUCGUGCGCGGCGUCAACCUGCGCAACAACUCCAACGUCAUCUCGCCCUCGUCGUUCCAGAGCCGUAAAUCCUAUCUCGUGUCGGCCUUCAAGGAUGGCGUCUUCCUCGCGGACCCGGAGGCCAGAGGCAAGCCGCGCCCUAACCCGAUGACGGACCCCGCCAUGAUGGAGGGCAUGAUGGGCGCAAUGAAGGGCAAUGUGGCUAUGAUGGUCCCGCAGACGCUGAUUAUGGGCUGGAUCAACGCCUUCUUCUCCGGGUUUGUCAUACUGAAGCUGCCCUUCCCAUUGACCCCGCAGUUCAAGUCGAUGCUGCAGAGUGGCGUGGGGACGCGCGACCUCGACGUGCAAUGGGUGUCGAGUUUGUCGUGGUACUUUCUCACGCUUUUCGGGCUGCAGCCCGUGUACAAUUUCAUUCUUGGCAGCAACAACUCGGCGAAUCAGGUCACGCAGCAAAUGGCCAUGGCCAACCCGGCAGCUGGCAUGAUGGGGCCGGACCAGGACCCCGACAAGCUGUUCCAAAAUGAGGCGGAGAACCUGGAGGUGGUGGAUCACUACUGGAUUCUCGAGGGUGUGGAGGAUCGGCUGCUGGCGAAGCUGAGCCAAGGGUGA